AUGACUUCCUUCCCCUUCGUCCCCAAAGACCCCGCUGGAGCUGAACAAUUUGUCUCUGACGGCAAAGUUCUGUACUGCCUCGAGGUCGCCAAGUACUUCGACCCUGAGAAGAACAUCAACUCCGUCAACGAGGAAGUGGAAGCAUUGCUAUCGAAGCUGAGUUACAUUCCCAGCACUCGGCUGGAAACCGAGGUGCCAUACACAGUGUUUUUGGAGAGAGUCCACAUGGCAGAGCUGAAGCGGAGAGCCAUGAACAUCCGGGAAGUUCCCCACCCGUGGCUCAACCUUCUCGUACCUGGAUCGGGAAUUCAGGACUUUGGGAACGGAGUGUUCGGGAAGAUCAUUACUAGCACCGAAGAUGUCACCCUCACCGUCUACCCCGUCAACAAGUCCAAGUGGGAUGAUAGGACAUCGGCGGUGUUUCCGGACGAGGAUGUGUUCUACUUGGUGGGGCUCUUGAGCGGCGCACUAGAUGAUGAAAGCUUGAAGGUCGCUACGGAGAGGAAUGCAAGGAUUGUGGAGUUUUGCGAGAAGGAAGGGAUCGACAUUGAUACGGCGCAUGUUUGUGGGAUCAGUGAGAUGAUGUGGUUAUGA